UGCAGUCAGCAGAUAAUGUGGUUUUUCAGAGUCACAAUUUCCGCUCUAUGCUUUCACUCCCAAACUUGAAAACCGCCUUUGUUCAACGAUUUCCUGCAAAACCCCAUCAGAGCAAAAUCACGUCAAGAUUUUUAGACGCAAAAAAUGUCGAUCCUCCAGACGUCUCUCACAAUCCAAACCCUCCCGCAACAUCUCUCAUUCUCUAAGGCCUUGACGGGUCCAACUCCAACCCUGUUCUUCCUCCACCCAAAAUCCUCUCACCCUCCACUCCAAACCCCACCCAUCACACGCAAAACCACGACCAUCCGGAUGGGCGGAGGCCCCAGGACCUACCCGGGCGGCGUGUCCAAGUGGCAGUGGAAGCGAAUGCAGGCCAGGAAAGCGAAACAACUCCUCAAGGCUCGCCUCACCCGCGAGCGUCAGAUUUACGAGAUGCGCAAGCGGGCCGAGCUCAAAGCGGCCGUGUCCGAGCUCGAGCGCCCCUGGGAGGUCGUCGAGAAAGCCCCCAAGUUGUUCUCUAUCGGAGCCGACGAGCAACUGAAGGUCUUGGCCGAUAGGUUCCAAAGGCCAGGAGGGUUCGACCUGUGGACCGAGAGGGACGGACCACAGUUGUUCCACACCGUGGAUGAGUUGCCCUCCGCGAGGUUUUUUCCCAAAGGGGUUGUUCACAGCAUCAAACCCUAUCUAAGAAAUGCUGGGUUGGACGAAUCAAACGGUGUCGAGGAGGGUUUGGGUUCGGAUUCUGAAAGUGGGUAUAAGAGUAAUAAGAGAACUUCUGUGAGGAAAUUGCCGGGUGGCUCUUGUAAUGAAUGGGAGGGUGAGGAUUUAUCGGACACGGAGCGGUCUCAUCCGAAAGAUAGUUUGGAAGUAUCGGGGGUGAAUAAGGGAAACGGGAAGAGGAGCACUGCAAAAUUGACGAAGAAUGGGAAUAGGAGGAGGUUUGGGAACGUGGGUUCGAAUGGUUCGAGUGGGUUGGAUUCAGGACAAAUUGGUUCUGAUAGGAAAGAGAGAAGGAAGGGUCCCAUUAUGCGUGGGUAUGAGUUAAAAGAUUCAGAGUCGGAAGUUUAUGAUAUGAGUUUGCAACAAGAUGGAACUUUUGGGUUGGACCAAGAAUGAGUCAUUUGGAAUUGCUUGGUAAUGCUUCUUGAUGGUGCUGUGAAAUUGCUUGGUAAUGCUUUCAUCGAGCUUAUGCAAGUGGAGUGAUCAUGAGGUUGAUGAUCAGGCAGAGAGCAUCACUGUCCCACAAAGUAUGUGUGUACAUUUUAUAUUAUGUUCUUACUCGUGACAACUAAGCUGUAAAUGUAGGCUUUCGUCAUUGUAUGUACGUAUUGUUGAAUGAAAAUUUGGCUCGUAUAUGUUUCA